AUCACCCUUCUCUCCCUCCCUUCUCUCCCGCCUCUUGGAGCUCCUGAAAGAGUGUGCGGUGUGUUGCUUUCAGCUUGUUUGAGACUGCUGUAACCUUCUACUCAGUGCUUCUACUACGGGCGCUUUCCGCUCAGAAGCCCCCGUUUUGUGAAUGGGCUUCAGUCCGCUCUAACUUCAACCGUGCCCGGGUAGCGCAAGGAACGAAUUCAGAUAUGCAAACAGGCUAAACGCAGUUCUGGGACGCGCACGCUCGUUCAAGUCUGACUGACUGACAGACAGAGCGACAAAGCGCUGGACAGAAAGCCUUUUGAUAUUUGAUCUCUGGACAAUACCUGUUCCCUUCCACCCUGGGUGCUGCCCCCCCCCACCCCUCCCCCCUCACCCCUCCCCCCUCACAUCUCUGAUGGACCAGAGAGCGAAGGGGGGCCCAUCUCUACCUCCACCAUCCUCACUGCCUCUCCUCCCCACAGCCCCACCACAGCAGUACCCAGAGAAAGAGGUAGGCGGUGGGACGAGGAAGAGGACAGAGAAGGAAGGAGGUGGUGCAGUACUGGAGGUGCUCAUUGAGGGGUGCUGUGGUGCUGCAGGGCAGAGACAGCUCCCAUUCCCAGGCAGAGAGAGGAGCUGCACUGAGGGCAAUGUGAGGCUGAGGAUCGGAGUCCAAACGGCCAAACGCACCAAGAAACUCCCCAGGACCCUGGAGGGCUACGAGUGUAAACCCACCAUCAGGACGUACCAGAGGCCUGGGAGGGGGAGUCAGGAGGUAGGGGGGAGUGGGCAGGGGAACCGUCCUCAGGAGGAGGGGGACGGAGAGCAGAACCAGGGGUCAGACCCCAGCACCACCCAGACCAGGAAGAUACACUCCUCCCUGCCUCCGUCUUCAUCAUCAUCAUCAUCAGCCCCUACAACCACCCCUCCCAGCCCAGCCAACCCUCAGACUGCGCCAGCCAAACAGCAGGUCCCUGUGAACCUGGGCUAUAAGAAGUCAGACACCCUAACGGAGAAACCAUGGCACCCUGACCCACCUGAUGCCCACAGCAAACUACCUUCACCUGCCCAAAUGAACCAGGCAAUCGCCUCUGACCCCACAGCUUCAUCCCCCCAUUCCCCCCCUCCCUCAUCACCCCAUUCCCCCUUGGUAAAGGACCCUAGCAGUGAGGCAGGUGUUAAGGGUGAUGGAGGUAUGCUAAAUGGGGGAGUACCUACAGUCACCUGCCAUCCUACCAGACUCACAAAGGUCAAAGGUCGCAAACAGAACUGUUCUUCCUCAGCCGCCCCCACUAACGUGAACUCAACAACAAGACCUCCAGCCUCCAGCCCCCAUCAGGCCGACCUUGCAGCCCAGGACAGGACUACAGGCUUCAGCUGCCCUCCUACACCACCUCCAUUCACACCUCUACUUCUAGACCAGAGAGGAGCCCCAGUGGCUGAUGGGAGACUGAGUCCUGCUGCCUCCCUCACCAGCCUGAGCAGGGGACCAUUACGACCGUCCUCUGUGGGAAAUGAGAGAGGGAAGGAGGAGAAAGCCAAGAAGAAGAAAGAGAAAGAUGACAAAGUGAGGGGUGAGAAAGGGAAGGGUAAGAGAGGGGAGAAGGGGAGAGGGAAGGAGGACAGAGGGAGGAAUGAGAGUCCAAAGAUGGACAGAGAUGAGAGAGGGAAGGAAGGAACUGGGAUGGAUGAGAGCGGGAGGGAUAUGAUGGGGAAGGAGGAGAGAAAUGGGGACGAGGACAAGGAAAGAGAGAAGCCCAGAGACUUGAGGAUGAAUAAAUCGCCCUCUUCUACAAAGUGUCAGAUGUCUGAGGUUCAGAGCAGGAAGACAGGUACACCCAGCCCAGACCUGACCAGCGGAACAUGGGAAUCAGAUGAUAUUGGUGUCCCCUCAAGACCCACCGUCUCUCCCUCCAACCCAUCCACUGCCUCCUCUCCCCUCACUUCCCUCCCUCCUCCCCCUCUCUCUGUCCACUCUUCCUCUCCUCCUACCUCCCCCCGAGAGCAGGACAGCCGUCCGCUGAAGAAGCGUAAAACCCGACGGCCAAGCUGGACCAGGCUGGUGAACCGGGCACAGAGACUGGCAGAGAACCCAGAUGGCCGCCAAGAUGGCCCCUUAGUUGCCCCACAGACCCCCACUACCCCCCAGACACCCGCAACUACUAACUCACCCAACUUUCGGUCAGCUGAGUCAUGCCUAUCCCCCUCCAUUCCCCCACCCUCCAGUCCGUCCUCCCUCUCCCUUUCUACCUCCACCCCUGUGAGACCCAGACCAGCAGGGCGAUCCCCAUCCCCUACCCAGUCUCACCUGUUGACCUCUGACCCUAGCCCUUCACCUGGACCUGGCCGUCCUGUCUCUCAGGCCAGAAAAAGGGGUCGCCCCAAAUCCCAAACCUCGAGCUUGGACGAACCCCAACCCAGACACUCCCCUAAACCUACCCAAGCUGAGAUGCUCCCUCAUGGGCAUGAUGAGACUCCGGACCCCCAUGUGCUCAACCCAGUGCUGGAUCACAGUCCCACCCUCACCAAUCCCUCUAGCCCCAACCCCACGCCCAGGAAACGAGGUCGCCCCAAACGGCUGCCCCCCUCCCCCCUCCUCCCCAAACAGACUCCCCAGGACCAGAACAGGGGUACACUGACCCCCUCUGGAGGUGAGGAGGGGGGUAAAGACUUCCCCUCUGAAAAGGGGAACAGGAAGCUGAGGAUGAGGAGCAUCAUAGGAGAGAUGAAGAGGAGGAAGAAGAGGAGGCUACUCAGGGAAAUGCUUUCUGGGUGUGGAGGGGGGAAGGAGGGGAGAGGAAGAGAGGGAGGUAGAGAGAACUCUCGUGGGUGUGCAGGAGGGGUUUGUGGAUCGGCCACAGCACCCUCCCUGUCCUCCUCCUUUGGGGGUAAACUAGGUCCCCAGAUCAACGUGAGUAAGAGGGGGACCAUCUACAUGGGGAAGAGGAGAGGACGCAAACCCAAAGCUCCAGCUAACUCUAACCCUGCCUCUCAGUCCACACUGUUCACCAGUCUCUCUAGUUCCUCUCUCUUCUCCUCUCCCCAGGCCCAUCCUCCCCUCUCUCACCCAUUCCCCUCCCCAUCUCUCACCCACUCCAGUGGAGCCCAGAGCCCUUACAGUGAUGGAGGCUGCACAGAACCUGCUCCCUCCCUCUUCCUCCCCCACACCUUCUCCCUCCCCUCACCCUCCUCCUCCUGUGCAUCGCCACGUCCUCUCUCCUCCUCCUUCUCCUCCUGCUCAUCCCUCUCUCCCUCCCUAAAGAGGAGUUCUCCAGGUCAGGGACGACAUCCCCUCUUCCACCAUCCCUCCAGCAGACUCUCUUCUCCUCCUCUUCCUCACCCUCUUUACCCCCAUCUGCCUGUCUUCCCCACACACCUGAAAGAAGCCACACCCUCACCUAUCAGUAAAUCACACAGCAAGGAGAUGUUGCCUAGUGAUAGUGUGAUUGGAAUGGACCACAACACUAUCUCAGAGAGGGGGGAAAGGAGGGGCCGAGGGAGAGGGGGGGUAACCAUGGGAAUGACCUCAGAUGUCACCCGGUCAGUGUUCCGGACAGGUUUAGGGGUCAACCUGAAGGGUCAGAGACAACCCUCACCCUCCAUGUUACUAGAACACCCCCCUCCUGUACCCUCACCCAUCAGAGUGUCAGCCUCACCCCCCCCUCCCCCCUCUGCCUCCCACAGACACACUCCUCCUUCUGACUUAGUGGAACCCAGAGACAGACACAGGCACAGGCGGAGGGGGUACGAAUGUCCCUAUACCUGCCCCCCCUGCCCCUGCCUAGGGCACAACCAGCGCUCCCACCUGGACCACUGCCCCUGCCUAGGGCACAACACACACAAGAGACAGAAACACAAACACAAGAGGAAGUACCAGCACCUGCUCAUGCAUGCGCACGACCCAGACUUCCUCUCUGAACUGGACGAUCUCAUUGGGCAGUUCAGCGAGGUCCGCAUUGGGCGCCACCGUGAUUGGGCCAAAGCUGGAUUGGGGCAGGAUCUCGAUGAGAGUGGGGAGAAAAGACGGCACUCUUCCUUAUUGCCAUCGCAAAAUUUCCGCUCAAACGUUUACAGAAUCGACUUGAGUGGAUACUACUCGCCUCACCCCCUGUCUUACCCCCCCCACCCCUCCUUCUCCCCGCUCCACCCCCACCCCUGCCACGGCCUGCCUUAUGGCAGCAGAAAGCCAGAGCUGAGGUUGAGGUGUGGCUGUCCCACCAAGCCCUGUGAGUCCUUAGACCAGGGUGACUGUGGCCAGGGGCGGAGGUGUGCCUUACAGGGUAUCACAGGGCACCUCCACCCCUCCUCUCUCAGUACCCCCCUGGCCUCCGCCACCACCUCUUCCACACCCCCCAUGCCUCUGGGUUUUGGCUACUACAGAGGCUAUCCUCUGACCAUGGCCCAUUACCCAAAUCCCCACCCCUCCUUUCCCCUGCCUCCCCCUCACCCCUACGCCCCCCACCUCCACCCCCCUCACCUCCUCCUCAACCCAGCCAGGUUCCACAGGAGGAGGAGCAGGCAGCUGAGGGAGGCUGGGUUGGGUGGAGGUGGAGGUGAGGACGUGGGGGUUAUGGGUGAGGGAAAGAGGGCCGGGGUCCGUUCCUGUCCAGCAGGGUCCGUCCCUGGUCGGUCCUGUGUCUGUGGGGGGAGUGAACACAAGCUCAGACACAAACAUCGUCACAGACAGCGUGAUCGUGACGGAAAGGAAGAAGAGGAUGAGAGAGUUGCAGGGUCACAGCUAAGGUCAGAGUUCACCACAGGGUCAGGAGGAAGUAGAAAGACUGGAGGACAAGGGAGUGCUGGGUUGAUGGAGUCUCCACGGCAACAUAGGCACGGCAAAUACCCCUCUUCUUUCUUCUCUGCUUCUGCUAAACCAGCCUCUUCAUCAUCAUCAUCAGAGAGGCUCAAACACACACCCCUCACCUGUCUUGGCUCCUCUCACCUGUCCUCUUUCGGGGAGGGCUGGGGGGUUCGCCAGAACCCCUGGCUGAGGAGAGGGGGGCUGGGGGCAGGAUUCAGACCCCUCGAUCCCACCUGGGGCACUCUGACAGAAGAGCAGAGGACAGCCGCUGUGGGGGGGUCAGAGAGAGAGUCGGGGGAGAGACACACACCCUGUCACAGCACCUUCACCCCCCCGACACACACCAACCUCUUCACCUCCUCUGCCACCAGUGGGAGGGGCAUGAGGAGCGGAAGAGACAAUUGGAGACCAGGGAGUCAAGACGGGUCACUGAGGAGUGAGGAGCCAUCACAGACAGAGAGGAGAGGCACAGACCCACACUAUGACCUGAGCAGGAGGCAACUGAAGUGGCUGAGAACUGGUCAACGUUUUGGGGCUAAGAGAGGGCCUGGACGACCCAGGAAGAACCCUCUAGCCUCCCCUUUGGUCGCCCCCUUCCUCUCUCCUACAAGCCAACCAAACCCUCCAACUGAGACAGACGUCAAGAACAGAGAUAGAAACAGAGGAAGAGGAGGAGGAGAUUCAGUACAAGAGGUGAUUGAAGCUGUGAUUCAGAGCCAGAGGAGAAGACGGAAGAGGAGGCACAUUGAGAAAGAGGAGGUUGAGCAUCCAUCUUGUCUCCAAAGUUCUGGUGAAGGUGAGCCAGUCACCCACACCCCCUCCAUAUGCACAGGCCAAUCAGAGCUAACCCAAACUCCAUCCCUAACCCCGGGCAGCCAAUCAGAUAAGGGAGCUGACCAGCUGCCUAGGAAGAGGUUUCAGAGGGCGGGGCUCUACUCAGAUGACUACAAAACUACAGAUCCCUCUCAGAACCAGCUGAACAGAGAGAGACUGGAAUAUACACCAGGAGAACAAGACUACAGCCUCCUGCCUGCUCCCAUACAUGUUGGGAAGUACCUAAGAAUGAGACGUAUUGACUUUCAGUUGCCCUUUGACGUCAUGUGGCUCUUCAGGCACAACCAGCUCCACAAAGAGCCAGAUGUUCCUCUGACCAGAGAGAUCUCAUCCUACCAACCAAAAGAGAAGAGCCUGUCCAGUCCCCAGACAGGGGUGUCCCUCCCUCCCUCUCCCCAGGAGGAGUGUUCCAGUCCCAGUAAGAAGCUGUUUCCCUACCUGGACAUGGAGCCUAUGACCACCAGUGACAGGGUGUUCGUCCUGAGGCACCGCGUGUUCCUUUUGAGGAACUGGGAGAGGGUCAGAGACAGACAGAUACGCCUGAGGAGGGGGAGAGAGGGGGAACGAGAGAAAGAUGGAGGAGGAGUUUCCAGCUAUGUAGCUACUGGGGACAACAACAGCCACAUCAUGUCAGGUCGACAAAUGGCGGUGAAGAAGAAGGUUGUGUGGAUUAGUGAGCCCCUUCGUGAUCCCCAGUGCCCCCAUAACCCCCUCAGCACCACGCCCCAUCUCACUGAGAACAGACAAGAGGAGAAAAAACAGGUGGAGGAGGAAGAGGAGGGCUGGAGGGAGGUCCGGAAGGAGCGACUGAACAACAUACUGCUGAAGCUGCGGCAGACAUGAUUGGUGAGAGAGGACAAGGAAGGAAGGAGGGGGGAAAUUUCAGCUCAGUAUCUCUUCUUCUUCCAAGUAGCUCAGUUCAGCUAACUUUGCACUAGUGUUGGGGGGGGAAACGCUACCCUGAAAUGAUUUGUUAUAAAGAUGAUUUUGGGCUUUGUUUCUGAGAGGAAUGAGGGUGUUGUUUACUGUACCAUUGAGAAUGAUUGACAGACAGUCAGCAGACCAGUGACAGUCUGAUUUAAUAGUCAGAGAGGGCGGAAGGGAUGGAUGGAGACCAUAGAGUCUUAAGGCUAGAUUAAAUUCGUAUUGUGGAAGAUCCGCGUUGUAGCUCGAUUUAAAUGUAAAGGAAAUGUUCCCGUGUUCUCGCAGAUUACAUUCAGACUACAUUCAGACUACAUUCAGACUACAUUCAGACUACAUUCAGACUACAUUCAGACUACAUUCACGGUAAACGCUGCAUGUCGGCUCAAUCUGAAAUGACCAUGACAAUAAAAAAUUUUACCCCCUUUUUUGUGAUAUCCAAUUACGAUCUUGUCUCAUCGCUGUAACUACCCAAUGGGCUCGUACAGGCGAAGGUCGAGUCAUGCGUUCUCCAAAGCGUGAUCCAAGCGACGCUUCUUAACACCUGCGUGCUUAACCCGGAAUGUAUUGGAGGAAACACCGGCCAACUGACGACUGUCAGCUUGCAGGUGCCUGGCCUGCCACAAGGAGUCGCUAGAGCGCGAUGAGCCAAGUAAAGGCCCCCCCCCCGGGCCAAACCUUCCACCAACCCGGACAACCCUGGGCCAAUUGUUUGCCGCCCUAUGGGACUCCCGGUCACAGACGGUUGUGACACAGCCUGGGAUCAACCCCAAGCUGUAGUGACACCGCAACACUGCGAUGCAGUGCCAUAGACCGCUGCCAUAGACCGCUGCACCACUUGGGAGGCCUACCUCUACAUUUAUAUGCAGAUCUUCUGCGAUACUUCCGCAAUACACAGCCCCUAUGAUUUGAUUCAAUCCCUGUUGCUGAAGUACGGCGCUAUAGUGUGAUUCAACUGUAAAGGUAAUUUCCAAUUGAGCCGACAUAUGCAGUUUUUCAGUGAAUUCAGUCUCCGCUAACGCGGGAACAUUGCCUUGUUCUCUUCAGCUCUACGUAUUGAAUGUAAAAGUGCCAUGUUGUAAAUAAACUGACGCCUAAGUGAGUUCAAUCUCCAAAAGCAAUACGUCCUGUAAGGAUUUCAGUACAAUAACUUUAAUAUCACUACCAGUACCAGCUAGAGACCCUUCUAUGUAUCAAACCAAGUAGUUUUUAUUGCCUUAGUGAAUAUGAUCAUUUCAAGAUCGUUAUAUUGUACCAAUGAUAAUGCAGUAACAUUGACCUAAGUAAUGUAAUGAAUCAGUUUCAUAAUUGAUAGUUAUUAUCUAAGCGUUAAAGUUAAUAGUCAAAGGCCUUCAUUUUGCUACAAAGUGUUAAACAUAACUGACCUAUGUUGAAUAUGACUUCUCUUCAUCUGUAUACUUUUUCUGACUGAUGGAAUGUUCUUUUUUAUUUGGUCAGACAAUCAGGAAAAUGAAUUGAAUCUGAGAUUUGUAACCGUUCAUUUGUACAGUUCUCUUUGGUGCAGUUUCUAGUUUGACUUUGAACACUAAGUUGAAUGUUUUAUAGUUGACCUGUGUAUUUGCUUCACUCACUAUUGCCAACGGGUGAUGACGAAUAUUAUAGCAUUCAUCAAUAUAGUGAAGGGUUAUUUAUGUAGUUUGCAUGAAAUGUAACUUUGGGCUGGAUUCAAUCCGUAUCGCAGAAGAUCACAUUAAAGUGUAAAGGUCAUUUAUCGUGAAUUCAGUCUCCACGAACGCGGGAACAUUGCCUUUGAAUUUAAACGGAGCUAUAACGCAGAUCUCCCAUGAUACUUCUGCGAUGCGGUGAGAAUCCAGCCCUUUGUUGUACAAUUUAAAUUGCUGCUUAUAACCUGUCUUUGGAGAAAAUACCACAGAGUUCAUCUGACAGAAUGUCAUUUCAAACAUUGACCUUAUUAUCAUAAAUAAAAUAUCAAUAACAAUAAAAUUGUGUUUUUGUUUACAAA